AUGCCCGCAAGCCUCCCAGUGCCUUCUAAAGGAGCACUUCGAGCUCUCCGAAAUCUUGCAUUGGGAACAUCAUGCACAGUUGCCAUCAGCACAGGUCUGUUGACCGAGGAUCGCCGACGUCGUAUAAAUACCGCUCGAGAGGUACAUAACAACGCGAAGAAGCUCAAAUCGGCAAGACGAUAUCAUAGUGCAGGUGGUGUCACGAUCGAAACUUUCGAAGAGCACGCCUUGAAGUACAGGGACGAAGCAUUUUGGCUGCCAAGCAAUGUACUGCGAGAUACAGAAGCCGCUCUUCGGAGCGAGGGACGUGGAAUCGACAAAUUCGAUGGGAGUAUACUCCCGCCAAACGAUAUCUCUCCUUCAAUCGCCUCUCCGCAAGCCCGGGUCCCGAAAGAACCCGCGAUUGAGCAACCGGAACCGAGCAAUGUUCAGAUUGAGAUCCCUUCAGACCUAGCAAUACGUCUCAAUGAAGCUCAAUUGGACAUUGUGGAAGCUACUACAAGAUUCCUUGAAGUGCUCGACUCAUCAUUGGCUGUGAACAAAGCUACUCUCGAUGACGAUACCAUAGAAACAGCGAUUAGGCUUUACGGUGCUUGCAGAAAGCAAGAUAGACUGGAUUUGUGCGACAGCCUGUUCGAAACGGUACUUGCCCAUGGACCGAUAACUGAGAGUCAAUUCCAUUCCUUUGCCCCAGAAGAUCUCAUAGGGAGGCUUCUCAAUCGCCGUCGUCCUGGAAGCACCAAGCUGGAGCCUGCUGAAUUUAGGAGGGCUUCGUCUAUAUAUCUCACCAAAUUCAAGAACCAAGCAGAAGUCUUGUCCGAAAGCAUGUUCUCACUUGGGCAUAGGCUUUGCUCAGAAGCUGUUGAGUUGAAGUUAGAUUCCUUUGUGCCGAGACUAUUCUUUCGAAUGGUGGCCAGUCGAGGUGACCGACCCGUUAAAGCUGUUCACCAUCUCAUCACUGCUGCUCGUCGACAGCGGCUUCACAAGGAUGUCUUUCGUUAUUUUCAGAACUACUACAUCCAAACCUUUCCAACUCAAGAAGAGUUUGAUGAAAUCUGUAUGAUAACUGUUGAUUCUACGUUGGAGCUUCAGCGACUGGAUCUGGCCGAGCAAGUUCUGAUGUCUGCUUCACAAAUGGCUCAAGACCAAGCUCUCGUGAUGUCGUGCCUCGUAAUGAUCAAGCUGUUAGAACGCGAUUUCCGGUCACAAAGAGACAUUGGCGGAACUCGAGCGCUCUUCGGUCGACUGGAAACCCUUUUGCCCAACACGCCGUAUCCACACAGCGUAUACGCCAGGAUCAUUCAAUACUGUAUUGAAGCUCGUGACAACGAUGCGGCGAUAUUCUAUCGCGACCAGCUGCAACAAUCCUACGGACCCAGCAAAGAGGAUGGUCGAAUACAUGCACACUUCGCGUUAUCAAAGGCUUACGCUGGAGACUGGCUUGGUGUUGUGGAACUGUUUACCAAGGCUCAAAAUGCGUCCUUCAAUGAUGUGGAAAUGCUGAGUUCACGCUUCGUUCCCAUCUUGACCGAGUAUGAAAGGUCUCAUUCGUUGACUGAGGUGGAGGAUUAUAUCAGUUCUUUUGCCGCCCAGUUUGCUCUGAAGAUGGAUCUUCCAUUGAUGAACUUCAUGGUAGAGGCCUAUGGCAAAGCAGGAGAGUUGGGUUGUAUGGUCAGAUGGAUUGACUGUGCCGUUGCUGAUGGUUGUGCUGUGGACGCCAAGACAAUAAACAUCAUAUUGAAGAAUUGCCAUUACCGAUGGAAAUUUUCGUUCGAACAGGUAUAUCGAAUAUACCGGUUGAUUCGUAAAGAAGGAGACAACUCUUCAAAUCUGAUCAACACUCAUACGGUAGCGCUUCUGCGCCGAAUUGCUAUAGCAAGUGCACGAAAUCCAGCCGAAGAAAUGGAGCGUCUAAAACGAUUCGACAAGCACUCUAGUAAUCAAGAUGGCAUUUAUCGAUCAUUGUGUACAGCUUUUUCGAAUAACGAUUUCGCCACAACUCUAGGAAUAUACAAGCGUGCUCAAACAAGGGAAGCUCAUUUGGAAUACAGGCACUUUGUCAUUGCUGUUAAGGCGUCUUUAAGACUUCAGGACAACAUACAAGAAACGGUCGAAAUCAUCAAAGAGGCUCGGCGAGGCGGUCUCGACGUAAAGCAUGCUAUUUCAGCUGUUUUUAUAGAUCAGGUCACAAGAUGGUCAGAGGAGAGCCUGUCCAUGGAUCGUCUUAUGGACUCCUGCUACAGUACGAUCGCGGCGUUCGAGAAUUCUGGUACAGAGAUUCCUCUUCACGUUGUGACACAUACAGCGAGUGCUCUUCAACAAGGUAGAAUGAAUCGGCAGGCAAUUGAUUUGUGGAACUCGUUGUCCUCACGACUCAAAAUCGCGCCUUCAUCUUUUGACCUGGCCAGUAUCACCAGUCUACUUAUGGCCUACAUUGGACUCCAAGACCCAGCUGGUGUUCGAUGGGCUGUUCACAUGCUAUCGGCCAACAAGAUAUUUCCCGACCGACAAUUCAAACUCGCUUUGAAUAAUGCUCGGAGGAAGACAAAUCGUAUGCUGGAGUCGCAGCCGUGCUCAAACCAGGUCCACGAGUUUCUGGAAUCACUCCUGGAAGGCUUGGAAAAAGUCAAAGCCAUGAGGUUAAAUGCCACAGAGGAGAAGGACCGAGUGAAUAUGAAGACCAUCAUGAUUAUUGAAAAGGCCAUAGACGACCAAAAGGCAAGAGAUAGAGGACAGGGACGAAGCGUUGUUGAGUCACCAAAUGUGCAGCAACUAGUCAAGAUGAAAACACCCGAGAACAGCUCCGAAUCUGAGAUGGCAGUAUGGGCGGACGGGAUUGAAAUGAUUCAUGAUGUAGAUAUUGAUUCUGCUAAGCUGGCAAGCUGUUAACAUAUGAGUAUAUUUGUAUAUAGGAAUAUAUCAAUGUCUAUGUGUCUGAAGAAACACCCACAUGAUGCAACAUAAAACAUGCCCUAUGAUUUCAGUGUACC